UUCACAUUUGUCAAAUACACAACUUUAAGCAUUUGCAUUUUGCAAAUUAAUAUUUAGCAUUUUCGUAAGAGAUUUUCCCUAACACUUUUCCACGUGUUUGGUUUAUUCGUUUUUCCAUCUAUUACUAUAAUAUGGGUGUAGAUAUAGAAACUCUUUCGCCUGGAAAUGGCUCAACUUACCCAAAACCCGGUCAAACAGUUGUCGUCCAUUAUACUGGAACCCUGCAAAAUGGCAAAAAGUUCGAUUCUUCUAGGGAUCGUGGCCAACCAUUCAAAUUCACCCUAGGAAAAGGGGAUGUAAUUAAGGGCUGGGAUCAAGGAUUGGCUAAAAUGUCAGUAGGUGAGAGAGCUAAACUUACCUGCUCCCCUGACUUUGCUUAUGGAUCUAGAGGUCACCCUGGAGUCAUUCCACCGAAUGCUACUCUUGUGUUUGAUGUUGAAUUAUUACGAGUUGAAUAAAUUUCUUGCCAUAUUUAUUAAAUUAAAAUUAAAUUAUUAUUAUUGUAUUAUAAAUUAUUUAUUAAAAAUAACACAAAAUAUUUUAUUUGUUUAGUUUAAAGCUGUGUAUAUUUGGUUGGUGACUUAGGUUUUUAUCAUCAUAGUUUAUUAUUGUUAAUUAUCAAUUUAAUGUCAUUUUUACAACUUUUUUGUAUGAUUGUGUUUUUACUACUUUUCCAAUGAACCUAUAAUUUAAAUUGAUAUAAGAUUUAAGUAGUGUACUUUAAUUUGUUUGUCAUAAUAUUCAUUUUUUGUUUAAUAAGAAUAGUAAUAGGAAAAUGAUUUUGGUACUCAGAAACCUUGUAAAUCAUGGUAAUUUGAUGUAUGCAAUUACAAAUUGCACUAAUGUAUUUAAUAUAACAUAUAUCUCAAAUGAAUGAAAGCUGCCUGUAAUGCUUUUGCAUUUACCUAAAAAU